UGGCUAAUCUCUGGUCGUCUUCCUGAUACCUCGGUUGUGAUGUGUGUAAGGUAUUCCCCCCUUGAGGAAGAGUGCACUAUGUUCGCUAUUCAAAACUCUUCCACGUGAGGACGGUUUUGCAAGAAAUUACUGGUGUAUUUUAUCUGGCUCAGUUUUACAGUGAUAGCAAUGCAAUGUUUGAGGCUGUAGUUUGCAUAUGGUGCAAUUGCCUCGGUUGCAAAAUACUGCUCUGAAAUGUAAUACUUAAAAAUUAUCGUCACUAUUUCAAAUGAUCCAUAGGUUUUAAUUAAGAGACAAAUUGUGCUGAUUCAGAAGCCCUGGGUGCAGUGCACAAACCUCGUGCACCACAGCAGCAGCACUGACCAACAUCCACUGCUGUUGGUGUGACACAACAGAAGCGCGUUCCUGAAGAGGCUUCAUGUGCCUGGAGGAGAAAUACUCUUCUUGAUUUCUGCCCCCAUAAUUGAAAUCUACCACUGAAGUCAGCAGAAAAGAAAUGAUAAAGUUUUUUCUUAUGGUUAACAAACAAGGUCAAACAAGACUGUCCAGAUAUUAUGAGCAUGUAGAAAUUAAUAAACGGACAACGCUGGAAGCUGAAGUAAUCAAAAACUGUCUCUCCCGCUCAAAGGAUGAGUGCUCUUUCAUUGAGUAUAAGGACUUCAAGCUGGUGUACCGACAGUAUGCAGCCCUUUUCAUAGUUGUUGGCAUUGACCAGACAGAGAAUGAGAUGGCAGUAUAUGAACUAAUUCAUAAUUUUGUGGAAGUUUUGGACAAAUACUUCAGCAGAGUGGUGAGUGAGACACUGAAUCUGUUAUGAAAUAUUUUUUCUCUUUCAAAACUUUGGUGAAAGUG